GGCGAGUGCCAUGGAGAAGACAACUAAACUUUCGCACGACAGGAUAUGCUCAUUCUUUAUUGAUUUUCAUAUGGAUAAGUUGAAUAACAAGUCAAAGCAAUGCGCCCGUGAAUAAGACAGCUUUACUUACAGUGGGGAGUCCGUAUUGAAUAGUUCAGGUCAAAGUGAAAAUAAAAGGCUAAUCAAAUCAAAUGUUUGAUUAAAUAAUUCCCCUAAGCUGCUAAAGUGUUACAUAAAAAAUAUAGAGAAAAAUUUUAGCGGACUUAAAUAAAUAAAUUCAUUGUGUAACAGCUCGAAGAAAUGUGCUAAUUGUUAAAUUAUUAUUGCUUUACGUUAAACACACACAUUUUUAAAUGUUGCGAAAAAUGUAUCCUAGCCGAGUGAAGAAAUAGAGGUCAAAGGAGAACCAUUGAUUUUACAAAAUACAUGUUAUUUAAGUCGACUUGUCGUUUAAUAUUGUUUGCCAAAAGCUGAAAAUAGAAGUUAAAAAAGUGAAUUAUGCCUGCAAUAAGAUGUAAUUAUAUAAUUAAAAUUUGCAAAAUGUAAAGUGCAAAGGAAUCCGACUUAGUGAACCACUGUACAUCUGCACAGGGGUGCUCCUGAAACUUAAAGUCAUAGUGACCCGUAUGCGUACAUAUACGUAUAUUCAUCCGUAUGUAUGUACAUGUGUACGAGUACAAUAAGUCAUUUUGAGUAUCGGAAUUUUAGGUACAAUGGGAAACUGAAGGAUGUGUUAAGUGUUUUUUUUUUCGGUAUGCUCGGUGCUCGAUACAAGUGUGUAUUUAUGUGUAUAUAUAAUUCAUGAAUAUAUAUGUACAUAUACAUACAUAUAUGCAUACCGAUAUGCUUACGUAGAUAUGUAUAGAUCACAGUAUGUGCAGUACUGUUCGCGAUGACGAAGAAAGUGAAUGUGCAUCAUUCAUAUUCAAUGAAAAUGAAAACAAUUACAUAAUCAAAUAAAAUUCUUCAUUCAGCAGCAGCGCAGUUACCAAAAUAGUUAUAAAUUAAAGUAAAAGUACCUGUUUGAAAUUCAAAGCGUUAAAAAAACAAAAAGUAUAAAAAAAAAUUAAAAAACAUAAAUCGCCACCCUAGUAUUUCCUAAUCCCAAAUCGAAAUUUACAAAUCUAAUUUUAUGAAACGCGUAAGUUUUUCACAAUUCAAAUAAAGCAGAUAUUUAAUCCGAAAAUACCAAAAAAUCGAGAACGCGGUGCAGCGGUAAAAGUGUGAAAAUGUUACGGUGUUUCGGAAAUUCGAAAUAGGAAGCAUGCCAAGAACAUAAGUUAUAUAAUUAUUACAGUGCCGAUUUUACCACAGCUUUUGUUACAACACGAAAUGUACGCUUAGUGUACGAAUUGUAACUGCUUUUGGCAAAAUACUUAAAUAAAUGUAAACGAAUAAGGUAUUUAACCAAUGAAGUAGAUAAUUUUAAUAUUACAAUCAAAGAAAAAACACACAAUUACUUUUAACGCUCAAAUACUUAUUUUGUAUGUAAUUAAUAUUAUUAGCGAGUAUGCCAAUAUUCUUAACUGAUUACUUACAUAUAAACGUAACAAUUACCGUAGUAACUAGCAACAUCGAUACUCUCUCCCUGCCUAUUUAAUAAUUGUAAAAACAUACAUAUGUGCGUAGCAGUUCCCAUUAGAAAUUCAAGUGCUAUUGUACCUACAGCUCUACAGUAAAGUAAUACAUAUAUACAUACAUAUAUAUAUAUAUAUAUACUAUAUCUAUAUAUAUAGUAAAAUAACAAAUUUACACGAGUACGUAUAGUUUAUAUUCGUUUUUCGUACUGUACCCACCAAAACCACAAUAGAAUCUACAACGGCAACGAAAUCUUCAUAUACCACAAUAUAGAGGACGCGUCGAACGACUACUGAAAAGCAAAGCACAAUUAAAAAGUGGAAGUGCAAAGUUGAAUGGAAUCUGGCGCAUCUGCGACACUACCACCCAAUCAGACACCUACCCACCACCACCCAUCUACCGUUCAACCGAGGAAAGCUAAAUGAAGUGAACUCCUACCUCGGCACUCGUACAAAGUAUACCCACUGCACAAUAUACGAUAACAUGUUUGUUUCCGCAUGUCAAUAAUCCAUAUGCAGUACGUACUCGUAUGUAUAUGUUUCUGUACACACACAUAUAUCAAGGAUAUUCGUGCAAACACGUACGUACGUAGUGACAAAACCGUAAAAGUUUCGCCAACGCAAUUAUAAAAGUGAACGAGCAAAAAUAAAGUAGUGAAAGGUAUGGUGACAGACAACUGCGCUGGCAGUGUGAGCAGUGUCCCGCAUACCGAUCGUUCACGCUAAGCUUCUUGUGGAGAUAAAAUGCACGUUAAACAUACUCAGCGCAGAGUUAGUGGACCUGGAGCAUUUGGAACAUCCAACAAUCAAUGCGAUAGCAGAGAAAACUUGAACAGCGAUCAACAACAGCAACAGAUACCGUAUCAACAACAUCAGCAGCGUCUGUAUCAGCAACAGCAACAAUAUCGACAGCAACAACAUUCCCAUCCGCAUUUAUUGCGACAGUCUCUGAUCAACCUCACGAGCGCACACAACAUCUCAAAUAAUAUCGGUGUUUCGAACGCAUCGGAACAGAACACAACAAGUAAUAGAAACGGUGCAGUCGCGCCAUCGUCGUCGUCCCUUAACUACCCCAACACCAACACCAACGCCAACAGCAAUUCCAAUACCAAUAUCAAGACCACCAAUACCAACGCCAACACCAACACAUUACACAAAUUUAUUUCCUGCAGUUGCGAAUCACUGAAAUGUGCCACAUCAGCUGUUGCGGUUAAGUCAUCGAAAAAGCGAUCGGGCCACAGUUCUGGUGAUCCCGACAGUGAAUCAUUGCUCGACAGCCAAAACGCCGAUUAUACUGAUUACAACGUUACUUACUUGAGUACUGGCCACACUGGACACAGUGCGGGUUGCAUCAGCAGCAGCAUUAGUGGUGGGGGUGGUGAUGAUCAGCGAUCGUUGCAGAGCGAAUAUCUAUCAAGUCGUAUUAGCGGCGUUUCCAAACAGCAUUCGUACGACAGCAGUUAUAGCGGGCAACUGCAUGGUCUGACCUUAACCGCCAGGGAGCGUAAUAGUGAUACUGAACAACACCAACAACAACAAUUGGACUGUAUUGCCAAUUCAACACGAGUGCCAAACAGUCCAAUUAGUUGCACACACAGUAAUUACAGCAAUCAAAGUAAUAUCAGUGCGGGAACUGGUGCCGACGCCGGAGGGGGUGGAAGUGGUGGUGGUGGAAGUGACGUCGUCGGAGAAGAAGGCGGUGGUCCGUCCACCGUAUGUGACGCAUAUAAGAAUUACACUAAUUACGCCACCACCAAUAGUAAUAGCACAAGUUACGGCAACGACUUCAAUGACGACUUCAAGCAUAUAGUCGUUCAUAAUUUCAGCAAUUCCGAUCCAAUAACUCGUUGUAACACCGUAAGCGGUGAAAGUGGCGGCGGCGACGGUGCCGUUAGCAUCAACGACACUUUAAACACUCACUGUUCGCCACUGAAGCCACAUUACAGCGAUUGUAAUAUAUAUGCGAAACAGCAAGCUGAGUAUUUUUCGAAUUUAAAAAGUGAUUUUGAUCAACAUGCGCAGCACGGUGAUAAGCAGCAGUUAGUUAAUAAGACAUAUAUCUUCAAGUGUCUCGCUAAUAGCCCCUCAUUCCUCAGAUCCAACAAGAUUAAGGAACAAUCGAAGAAACUACGCAACUUGUCGCUGAAAAACCGUACGGCUAAAAAGAAGGGUCAAAUUAUAAGCAAAUCGAAUGCGGUUUCUGAUAAUUCCCUUCAUCCAGGAGAUAAAUACCUCAAUUUAUAUCUAGUCGAGAAGAAAAACUCCCAACAACACUUGCAGCAAUAUCAAUAUCAACAGCAACAACAACCGCAGGCAGGACAAUUCGAAACGAUUGGUAGUGGAACGGAUUCCCGGCCGAUUGCAGGAAGUCGAAAGCAACAGCAACAACUCCUCGAUCAGCAGCCAGUAGUUGCAUCGCUUAGCAGAAAUCUGCAACAGCAACAGUGCCUCGUUAACGGUUCGGUUCGAACGCAUCCCACAUAUCGACAUCAGUCUUCAAUUAAACGCGCUUCGAAAGAUUAUAGCUGUACACUCACACCAACGCCAUCGACGCAUAGGAAUCCAAAGGCCGCAUCCAACAACCAUAAAAGCUGCAAUCUGAACGACAACGGCAACAAGCUAAGUGUUAGCACGAAUUCGUGCAACAAACUGCACGUGUCCGCUGCGGGUACACAUCCUUAUGCCACUUCGCCCAAAAGUUCGCUAUCGAGUAAUGGACAUCUGAACAAAUAUUGUCUGACGGACAUAAGUCGUCGACGGAAGGCGGCGUUUAAUCGACAACUUAGCGCCCCAACUGAUUAUACGCAUUCUUCCAAUAACGGUAACGGCAAUAGCGGCUCACAUUCAGCUAACGAGGCCACGUGCGAGUCGACAUCGACUGUAGCCAGUGCAGGCGUGGGCCCGGCAACGGCAAAGACGUCCACAUCGCUACAAAAUUCCGUUCUAAUAAAACCAACAUCCACAUCCAAUUCGUGCACGAACAGUUUCAAUCGAAGACACAUUAAGCGCCAGAAGAAUAACAAAUUAAAUGAGAGAUUAAUUCAUGGAGACAGUGAAGAAUCUGUACGCUGUUCAUAUUGCUCCGUUUUGAAUGAGAACGACUUACGUAUAUCUUUCGAAAAUACCUGCACCGAUUCUCUAGUAACUGCAUUUGAUGAUGAGGCUUUAUUAAUAUGCGACCAAGGAAACGAAAUGGCAAGAACAAAGGUUCACUUUGAUGACGUGUCGUUAUACGGGACUCCGAAAGAGGAGCCAAUGCCUUCCAUCCCCGUCGUUUCUGAAAAAGUUUCUGCGAAUUUCCUAAAAAGUCAAUUGCAAUCAUGGUUUCAACCGACAGACAAUCGGUUGGCUAUGAAAUUAUUCGGCAGCCGGAAAGCGUUAGUCAAGGAAAGAAUUCGCCAGAAAACUUCCGGACACUGGGUAAUUCAUCCUUGUAGUUCAUUCAGAUUUUAUUGGGACCUUUGUAUGCUUUUAUUAUUAGUAGCAAAUCUUAUAAUCCUGCCAGUCGCAAUAUCAUUCUUUAACGAUGAUCUGAGCACAAGAUGGAUUGCCUUUAACUGCCUAAGUGAUACAAUUUUUUUAAUAGAUAUUGUAGUCAAUUUUAGAACAGGUAUAAUGCAGCAAGACAAUGCAGAACAGGUUAUACUGGAUCCUAAGCUUAUAGCCAAGCAUUAUUUAAAAACAUGGUUUUUUCUGGAUCUUAUAUCUUCGAUCCCACUUGACUACAUUUUUUUGAUUUUCAAUCAAGUAAAGGAUUUCUCCGAUUCUUUUCAAAUACUUCAUGCCGGUCGUGCUCUACGUAUUCUUCGCCUAGCUAAGUUACUUUCUUUGGUUAGAUUGCUGCGUCUUUCCAGGCUUGUGCGAUAUGUCUCACAAUGGGAGGAGGUAUAUUUCCUUAAUAUGGCAUCAGUCUUUAUGAGGAUCUUCAAUCUGAUUUGUAUGAUGCUACUUAUCGGCCAUUGGAGCGGCUGUUUGCAGUUUUUAGUGCCAAUGCUACAAGGUUUUCCAUCGAAUUCAUGGGUAUCAAUUAACGAGUUGCAGGAGUCAUAUUGGCUAGAGCAGUAUUCAUGGGCUUUAUUUAAGGCGAUGUCUCAUAUGCUGUGCAUUGGCUAUGGCAGAUUCCCACCGCAGUCAUUGACGGAUAUGUGGCUGACAAUGCUUUCGAUGAUAUCGGGAGCCACAUGUUAUGCACUCUUCUUAGGUCAUGCGACCAAUUUGAUACAGAGCUUGGAUUCAAGCAGGCGGCAAUAUCGUGAAAAGGUGAAACAGGUGGAGGAAUACAUGGCCUAUCGAAAGCUACCACGUGACAUGCGCCAAAGAAUUACUGAGUACUUCGAGCAUCGAUAUCAAGGAAAGUUUUUCGACGAAGAAUGUAUACUUGGAGAGCUAAGUGAAAAACUGCGAGAGGAUGUAAUAAAUUACAACUGUAGAUCUCUCGUUGCGUCUGUGCCUUUUUUUGCAAAUGCUGAUUCAAACUUUGUUUCUGAUGUUGUAACGAAACUGAAAUAUGAAGUUUUUCAACCCGGUGAUAUUAUUAUAAAGGAAGGAACCAUUGGAACAAAAAUGUAUUUUAUUCAGGAAGGUGUUGUUGAUAUUGUUAUGGCGAACGGAGAGGUUGCGACUUCUCUUUCUGAUGGUUCAUAUUUCGGUGAAAUCUGUCUACUGACGAACGCAAGGAGAGUAGCCAGUGUACGCGCGGAAACGUAUUGCAAUUUAUUUUCUUUAAGCGUGGAUCACUUCAAUUGUGUUUUGGAUCAAUACCCCUUGAUGCGCAAAACUAUGGAAACAGUUGCUGCAGAGCGAUUAAACAAAAUCGGGAAGAAUCCAAAUAUUAUGCAACAAAAAGAUGAGCAAAUUAGUAAUCCGGAAUCAAACACUAUAACCGCAGUAGUGAAUGCGUUAGCUGCCGAGGCAGACGACUGCAAGGAUGACGAUAUCGAUAUCAAGGAGAAUUUGCUUCACGGUUCGGAAUCUAGUUUCACGGGGCCAGUACAAACGAUACGAGAAGGGUUACCGAGGCCCAGAAGCGGCGAGUUUCGUGCUCUCUUUGAGGGAAAUACCCCAUGACACUGAAGCUUGGAGCGAAUUGGUACAUAGCAAGAACAAGUAGUGCAAUAACAACUAUUGCAAUUGCAAUACCGAGGGCAACUACGACGGGAAACAAUAUGAUAAAGCAUCGGAAGGAUGUACAUACAUACACACAACCAUAUUACGUGAUGAUCACAAAGAGAGAAACACUUGAACAUAUUGUUAAUAUGUACUCAUACUCGUUAUGAUGCAACUAAUGUCCUCAGCAAUUAAUCAUAAUUUCAGCUCCGCUAACUGUGAUGACUUUAAUAAUAAGAAUCGAAAUUUGAAAACUGGUGAACUAACUCUACUACAUACAAAAUUCAUACAUAAAUGCAUGAAAAUAACUUAAUACAUAUAAAAAAUCGACAAAAACCCAUGAUAAUUAUAAAUAAAUAAAAUGUAGUAAAUUAAUGAAAACCAAAUAUAUAUAUAAAUAUGUAUAUCUAUAGAAUACAAAUAACUCGCUAGUGUACAGGUUAUUUAAGAAAAAACGACGACGAUGGCGACUCGAAGAGACUUCAAACUACACUAUAGAAUUAUAAAUAAAUUUGAAAAAUAUAUGAAAAAAAAAUUAGAAUCAUAAACCAAAGAGGCAUUAAACAUCCCUACCUACCAAAACAUGCAAACAAAGUAAGUUGCAUGUUUAGACACGCUGUAUUGCAAUUAUUAUUACUAUUAAAGCCGUAUCAAAACUUAUAAGUUAAAUUAAUUUA